AUGAAGGAACAAGUGUUCUGCGUGAUUCCUGAAGGCGUCGAACUUGACAGUACGUUCGACUGCCUGGAAUUGGUGAAGGCAAUUUACGGCCUCAAGCAAGCGUCGCGAGUGUGGAACGAGACGUUCGACGAGUAUGUGUGCUCCAUCGGAUUUCAAGUAUCGGACUUCGACCCAUGUCUCUACAUCAAGACUUCGGACGGCCAUUGCGUGUUUAUACUGGUCUACGUGGACGACGUCUUGGUGACUGGAAGCUCACUCGAGCUGAUUGCACAAACCAAGAACGACCUGAAGACGCGGUUCGAAAUAACGGACAGCGGCAAGUGUGCGUUUGUUCUUGGGAUCGAGCUUUUGGACGGUGAAGAUGGCAGUGUGACACUAUGUCAGCGUCGGUAUGUCGAUGAUAUCCUCAAGCGCUUUGGCAUGGAUGAUUUCAAGGCAGUCGCAAGUCCAGUCGACAUGAGCUCUCGACUUGUUUCAAGUGAUGCAACUACCAAGGUCGAUGCUCCUUUUCGCGAAGCUGUUGGUGCGUUGAUGCACCUGACCACUGCAACGCGUCCGGACAUUGCGUUUGCUGUGGGCUAUGUGUCGCGGUUCAUGGAAAAUCCCCAAGAAGAACACUGGGUUGCAGUUAAGCGUAUCUUUCGCUACCUACAAGGCACCAAGACGCAUGGAAUUUGCUACAAGCCAAGUGCAAGGAUCGACUUCCGUGGAUAUUCGGAUGCGGAUUGGGCUGGUGAUCUUACCGACCGCAAGUCAACAUCGGGGUACACGUUCAUGCUACUCGGUGCGCCAGUCAGUUGGGGCAGCAAGAAGCAGCCAAGUGUUUCGUUGUCCACGAGUGAAGCCGAAUACAUCGCACUCAGCUUGGCGAUUCAAGAGGGCAAGUGGAUUCAUCGUCUGCUUUGUGAGAUCGUGAUGGCUGCCAAUGAAGAAGGACCGGAACUCAUGAUCCAUGAAGACAAUCAGUCGUGUAUCAAGAUGACGAAGAACCCAGUCAACCACGGCCGUGCCAAGCACAUUGAUAUCAAGUACCAUCACAUCCGUGAUGAGGUCAAGCGCGGUGAAGUGAAGCUCAAGUACUGUGAAACUGCGGUGAUGUUAGCGGACAUCAUGACGAAGGGACUUCACGGGCCACGCCACAAGGAGAUGAUGGCGACUCUCGGGAUUCGUGAGCAUUCGGAUUGA